AUGGAGAGGGUUGUCGGAGGCAAAUACAAGCUCGGCCGCAAGAUCGGGAGUGGAUCAUUUGGAGAAAUCUAUCUUGCUACUCAUAUUGAUACGUUUGAGAUUGUUGCUGUCAAGAUCGAAAAUAGUAAGACCAAACAUCCUCAACUGUUUUAUGAGGCCAAGUUGUAUAAUGUUCUGCAAGGAGGAAGUGGCAUUCCUAGCAUCAAAUGGUCUGGUGUAGAUGGGGAAGAUAAUGUACUUGUCCUAGAUUUGCUGGGACCGAGCCUUGAAGAUCUAUUUGUUUACUGUGGCAGAAAGUUUUCAUUGAAGACUGUCUUGAUGUUAGCAGAUCAGAUGAUUACAAGAAUCGAAUAUGUUCACUCAAAAGGGUUUUUGCACAGGGACAUUAAACCUGAUAACUUUCUUAUGGGUCUUGGUCGAAAAGCAAAUCAAGUUUACAUUAUCGACUUUGGACUAGCAAAAAGAUACAGGGAUUCUACAACUAAUCGUCACAUUCCUUACAGGGAGAACAAAAAUUUGACGGGUACAGCACGUUAUGCGAGUUGCAAUACUCACCUUGGAAUUGAGCAAAGCCGGCGGGAUGAUUUAGAGUCUCUUGGAUAUGUACUUUUAUACUUCUUGAGGGGAAGCCUCCCAUGGCAGGGUUUAAAAGCUGCAACGAAGAAGGAGAAGUAUGACAAAAUAUGUGAGAAGAAAUUAUCUACUCCUAUUGAGGUUUUGUGCAAGUCUCACCCAGUGGAGUUUGCUUCAUACUUCCAUUACUGCCAUUCUCUGACAUUUGAUCAGCGACCUGAUUAUGGAUUUCUAAAGCGCCUAUUCCGUGAAUUAUUCAUUCGUGAAGGUAUUGGCUGGCAGUGGCACUUACUUCAUCCAGCUACUGGAGAGGGCAACAACAGAGCAAUGCCUAUGGAUUUGGACAAACAUCAAGCUGAUGUAACAGAACGUAUGAGAUUGGACAAUGCUGGUAGUCCUGGAAUUAGGAUGCACUUCAAACCCCAAAUCGGAAGGAAUCUGAGAUUGGACAAUCCCCUCGAGAGAAAUGUAAUGGGCAACACAGAUUUACCGUCGGUUUCAUUUUCUUCUGCUGGUGUUUCAAAACAGAAGGCAGCCUCAAAAGCUGUUCUACCUCCUGAAAGUACAAACUUUAGUCAUGGGAAUGUUGACAAAGUUGGUCCUUCAAGCAGUUGGAUUUCAUCCUUGCAUCGUAUUUCUUCUACUAAAUGA